CGUUUUCUGCUUGACCAGACCGAAAUUGUUUGCUUGAAAACUAUCCCAUCUAUCGACGGGGACUCAUAAUCAUGUUUUGAUCACCUACUUUACGAAAGAAGUUUUGGUUUGUGCAAGCGCAACAGGCGACAGGCCUGCCCCACUCUGUUGUCAGUUGUCUGUUAUCAGCUGUUCGUUUGAACGGGCGGUUAAGAAUAUUUUCGGUGUUGUUUCUGCAGAUUUGUCUGUCAACGGUGAAGAAAAUCUUUCGUCGCCGCACCGGUGCCCCAACCAGGUUCAAUAUUUGUAGCUAGCCAUGAAGCGCCGAUCAAACGUGGCUCCCGUGCGCCCGUGCGAACUGUUCGAAUACCGAGUGGCUGAAUCUGCAGCUGAGAAGAAACCCAUUAUGCCUCGACAACUUCACUUCACAGGCAAUUCGUCUCGAAAGUCCAUGCCUGUUAAGCCGCCAAGAUUCAGCACUUCAGGAUACGUGCCUCCUCGCUCACGAAUCAGUUUAUCGGGCAGAGUCAGCCUUUCAGGCAAAGCAACGGGCAGAGUCAGCAUUUCAGGCAAAGCAACGCAUGAUGUUUCGGUGAUGGAUGGAGUCUCGUUGCUUGGCCAAACCAUCAAUGAAAGUUCUGAUGAUGUCACCAUACAAGUCCUGAAACCAGUUGUUGCUUCCACUUCAUCUGAGCCAGUUUGUCCUGUCAGUACAUCUCAAGUUUUGAAGAAAUCUGAUGAAGCUAUAACUGACAAUGGGCCAAAGAAGUGUAAUACAUCAGUUUCCAACAAGACCUUUGGUAGUUGUAUACAGUCAUUAUCAGAUUUAGGUGAGACUAAGAUACCCAAACCCAAAAUCUGUACUACUGAGAAGACUAAAAGGACUUCAGCUGAAUUGAAUUCAACUGCUGCAUUUGAAGAGGAGGAAAUUGCUGCACUAACGUCAACUCCUCAUCACAACCGGAAGUCAAAAAGUAUUGUGCCUGCAUCGUCAAGUACGUCUGUGAAUGCCGAACUUGCGGAACAAAUGAAACUUUUUAUCAUGGAUCAAAGAAGCCUUAUGCAAGCUGUUAAACUGUCUUGCCAGAAGACAACUUCAGCCAUGGAACAAAUGAAUUCUGUCAUGAGCCAAAUGAAUAUAUUAGUGGAGAAGUUGACUUUGAAAGUAGAUUCACACUCUGAAUUCAACAAUGUGCUUUCAAAAUCUGAAGCAUGUCAGAAUGAUGAUAAAAUAGCUCUGAGUGAUGAUAAAGAGAAUGUCAAUGUUUGUGCAGGAAAUACUCGCAAAUCAAUUUCAAUGUUCUCUGACAUGAAAUCUCAAUUUAAGUGUCUGAAAACUCCCACUACAGUUCGGACUCGAACACUCUGUGAAACUCCAAAUACUGUUCUCUCUAAUACGGUUCAUAACCAGCUUGAAAGUCUGUACGAAAGCAGUGAAACUGAUACUUAGAGCAACGAUUUUCUUUGUCAUCAAUAAUGCAUUUCCUUCCAUAGCCAUUCUUAAAAAUAUAUCCCUGUACUUUCAUUAUUGUGUGAUCUGUGAAAGAAAGAUUGUAAAUGUGAUAUUUUUGUCCCACUGAACUGCAGUACAAACAAUUUUUUGGAUCAA